AAAUAUCAUUUUACUUGUAAAUAUAGCGUAGAUAUAUCUCUAUGAUAUAUGUACUUAGUCAAUCAAAACUCCGCGAAUGCACUAGAUCUCAUCAGAAUUCUGGAGUUAAGCGUGAUUGACCGAACGUAUAUGGGUGACCUUUUGGAAAGUUCUCGUGUUACACCUAUUUUAAAAAAAAAAAAUAUGUGUUCAAAAAAAAGUCAAUCAAAACUACUUAAAGGUUAUCUUAACUACUAAAAGGAAAAUUCCCUUAAAAUCACUAAAGAGUUAGCUAUAAAUAUACUUAUAUAUUAGUUGAUCAAAAAAAACUUAUAUAUUCAAAAAACAAAGGUUGAAUUAUCUAAUUAAACCUAUAUAUAUAUACUUCUUCAUCUGCGCAUGUACAAACUAUUCCGAUGAAUGGAGAAAUAACAGUGUUACAUGUAAAUUAAUAUGCUAACUAAUUCAUAUUAAAGUGAUUUGUAAUUCAUUGUGGAUAUUCGGAAGAUAAAACUAUAGAGAAAUAAUGUGAAUUUUAGAUAACAUGAGCCAGACGGGACAACGUUUAUUUGCAAUAAUUAAUAUUUUUACUUUGACAUCGUCUGUAAAGGCACGUCAUCCGGCUGCUUUGGCAAGGAGACUGCCAUAUAAUUCAUAGACUGUAAUAUUAAAAAAUGACAGUUUUUGUUCUAUUUUCUUAUAAUAAUUUGGACACUUCUUCGUGACAGGGUUAUGAGAGAAUAAAUAUGCCAACCACUUUCAAACCUCUAGCUGAUCUUUGUCAUAUCCUUUCCAAACCUUUAGCUUAACUUUGUAAUAUGGUUUCUACUAUAUAACAACGAAGACUGAUAAAAAGUAGCGACUUUUUCCCAGCAGCUAUUUAGUAUAUCUAACGAAACAGUUAGAUUGACAUAGAAACCGUUGUUGUAACUUGUAAUCAAGUUCACAUACUUUUUUGAAAGAUGGGAAAAACGUAUGUUAUAGAAUAAUAGAAUUGUUUGUAUGAUAUAUAUAUAUAUAUAUAUCAAAAAUUUCUGGUCUGCGGGAUCAUAUCUUCUAGAUAUAAUAUAUUCGUUUGAACCAUUAUUUUUUUUCUCAUUUUGCAUUUUAGAUAUAUAUAUGUCUAAACCGUUGAAUUAUAAGUAUUGUUCCACCACCCUUAGUUUUUCUCUUGUACUAUCCAAUCCACAGCGGAAAUGAAUAAUUUUAAAGAUAUUGUUCCAUCAUCCUUUAGCCGACAGAGAAAGUCAUCACUAUCAACUCUACGAACAUGCCACCAUUUUUUUUGUACACCUAACCCUAAAUAACGUGCGUACAUCAUUUCACAGUGUUGAAAACUGUUUAAAUAUAUGCGCUAGUCAUAUUUACUUGAAAACGUGACACCAACUAGGCCUCUAAAUUAUCAUUUCUAUAUAUGUAGUAGUAUACAGUAUAGUGUAAAAGAAACUAUAAAUAUCCAUCACAACACACACCAGAGAGUCAUCUCGCAAUAAUUAUAGUUGAUAUUUUUUACAAGACAUACAACACAAAAAUCAUUAAAAUGUUUCGUAAGGUCUCUAUAGAAGCCUUGGUUCUCCUACUUCUCACCAUCUACUUGACCCAAAUCGAUGUUUCUUUCGCACAAUAUUAUCAGUAUCCGCAGUCCCAUGACUCUCCAGACAGCUAUCUCAGACCACACAACGUAGCCCGAGCCAUGGUCAGAGUCAAGCCUCUAAGAUGGGACUUUGGCCUAGCCACUGUGGCUCAGGACUACGCAAAUCAACUAGCAUCCGGUCCAUGCAGCCUCGAGCAUUCCUCUGGACCAUAUGGAGAGAACCUUGCAAUGGGAAGUGGAGACAUGUCACCGGCUCAGGCUGUUGCAAUGUGGAUAAAUGAAAAGUCGUAUUAUGAUUAUUACUCAAACUCGUGCCACGACUCGGCUUGUGGACACUACACGCAGGUCGUGUGGCGUGGAUCUGCUCGGCUCGGUUGUGGUAAGGGUGUGUGUGGUAAUGGUGCAAGUAUUAUUGUGUGUAACUAUGACCCCGCAGGCAAUUAUAUUGGGACUAAACCAUAUUGAUUUCAAGUUCAAUUGAUGAAUGUGUGUUAAGAUUGUUGUGUAACAUUUUUCUUACUUCAGUACAUGAGAAGACAUAUUUGUUUUCCUACAAAGAUGGAGUUAAAAAUUUGUAUAAAAUCAAAAUUUGAGUGCAUGAUCAAAUGAUAACGUGAGAAGCUUACAAUAAAUGGUGAAUGUGCAGACAAUGUAUAGAGGAGUUUGUCGCGGAUAUUUCCUAAUUUUUGGUUUCGGUAGGCCGAUCUAAGAUAGGCAUAGGUCUUGAUUAAUUUCAAGGUGUAACUCUGCCUUAAUCAUAUGGUUUGCGAAGAAGUAAUCCUUGGUUAAGCACUAAAUCAAAUAUUUAUACAUGUUUAAUAUAUUAGCCGAUAUCAAAUGUGUAAUAAAUAGACUAAUAGCUCUCAACAAAGAAAACACAUACUUUAUAUUUCUUAGACUAAUGUAGUCUUGAUCCGAUCUCUAGACAACUUUGACCAUUUCAAGAAUGACUCAUACACCGAUACACGCAUUAAGUUUCUUAAUGCUAGAAGCAUUUUCUUACAAACCAUCUUAAUCGAUUAAUUUGUAAUAAUCAUCAUUAUAUACGAUUAAUUUGAAUAAGCAUCACACACUUCAGUUUUUAAAUGCCAGAAGCUGUAUUUUCUUUUGAAAAUAUUUGUUUUUCUUCUUAUAAUUUGUUCCUUUAGACAAAUGUUGUGUGUUUAAACCAUAUCUACAGUUACAUUACAUCACCACUGGAGUUU